CUAAAACGGCGAAGUCGAAACUGUCCUAAAGCUGCAAAAAUGGCUGCUUCUUCUUCUUCCAAAAAGCUGCUUCUACUUCGAAAACCGCUUUGCAGAGCUCUCAAACCUAAUUUCUCCCCAUCUCCCUCUUCUUCAAUAAUACGAAGAUCAUUUCUUUCUUAUUCUUCUUCUUCUACUCAUAGUAAAUAUCUUCUAGAACCUUCGGUUACUAUUUCCAAAUCGUUUCUCUCAGAACUUUCUAGAAGCUAUUGCUCGCACUCGUCUCCUCUCCCAGAUGCUUCUCAAGGUCCUGCCGCUAUCGAUUACCGUUCUCUGCUGCAGGAAGAUGAGUAUCACAGACUGGCUAAUGCUACUAUCCAUGGCUUGCUGGAUAAGUUGGAGGAAUAUGGAGACUCAGUUGAUAUUGAUGGUUUCGAUGUGGAUUACGGGAAUGAGGUGUUAACGCUGAAGCUUGGGGACUUGGGAACUUAUGUGAUAAACAAACAAACGCCCAAUAGGCAGAUUUGGAUGUCUUCGCCAGUGAGUGGCCCAUCAAGGUUUGACUGGGAUCAGAACUCUCAAGGUUGGAUCUAUAGGCGAACCAAGGCUAACCUGCGAACUGUUUUGGAAGACGAAUUAGAAAAACUAUGCGGAAGUGCCAUUAAUCUUUCUUGAAUCACUGCAGAUUUUUUUAUGUUUAAUGUUGCUACUUCUAGUAGCAUUUACGUGUUUGGAAUAAUUACCUAUAGCUCCUAUUAUCUUUCUCUUGUAAGUUGUAAAUCUUUGCUUUUUAACUAUUAUAUGGUGUGAUUUUUGGAGAAUGGAAAAAGUGAUUUUAUGGUUGUUUGGGACAUUAUGGAGCUAGAUUGUAAAAUAGGUACACUGUCCAUCUUAUAAAAUGAGCUCGCAAAAUGAUAUUGGUAUCCAA